AUGAAAGAAUACUUGAUCCUACUAGCUCAAGCAUAUCCACAGUUCAGACAAGCAGAGCUAGAGUCUCUUGCAGAGCUUCACGAUAUUCAGGUAGACUUAUCACAUCAUAAUGAAUCCAAACCAUUUUUGAAAAUAAAAUUAGAGAAUGAUGAACAAGCUAAAAAAUUAAUAUCAAGAGCGAUCUUAGCAAAAGCUAUAUUUGAAAUAUGGGGAGAAGGAGAAGAUUACGAAUCAGUUCAUAAACAGAUAAAGAUAACUUGUCAGGAUAAAAUCAAAAAAUAUGAGAGAUCUUCUUUCAAAUUCCAAUUUGAAGGUUUUAAAGGUCGACAAACUAAUUCAGCACAAAGAGACACGAUUGAAUCAUUUAGUUACCUUGAUUUUAAAGGCAAAAUAGAUCUUAAACAUCCAGAAGAAGUGUUUACAGUCUUGGAAGAUUAUGAAGUUUUUAAUCAAGAAAAAGCUCAAAAACCAGAAUAUAUUUGGUUUGGAAGAGAGAUUGGUUUGAGUGAGAGAUCCAAAAACAAAGUGGUUGAAGUUUAUGAUUUGAAAAAAAGAGGAUAUAUUGGGACAACUUCUUUUGAAGCGGAAUUAUCACUCGUAACAUGUAAUUUGGCACAAGUUAAACCAGGAAAUAUUGUUUACGAUCCUUUUGCAGGUACUGGUUCCUUUUUGGUUACAGCCGCUCAUUUCGGGGGUUUAACUAUUGGAUCUGAUAUUGAUGUUAGAAUGUUGAAUGGGAAAAAUGGGUCACUGAACAUAAAAACCAAUUUCAAAGAUUAUGGAGUUUAUCCACAAUUUCUUGACGUGUUGACAAUGGACUUUACUCACAAUGCAUUAAGAGAAAACUUUACUAUUGAUACCAUCAUUUGUGAUCCACCAUAUGGUGUUAGAGAAGGACUCAGAGUUUUAGGUGCUAGAGACGAAGCAAAAGCUGCAGGAAGAGAAAACAACAUAGUUGAUGGAGAGAUUGCUUACUUGAGAAGGGACUUCGUAGCUCCAAAAAAACCAUAUCAAUUAGCCGAUAUGUUGAAAGAUAUAUUACAAUUUGCUAGUGAAAGAUUACCUGUUGGAGGGAAAUUGGCAUUUUGGAUGCCUACUGCAGAUGAUGAAUUUCAAGAAACUGUACUUCCUCAACAUGCAAAAUUGAAAUUAGAGUACAAUUUAGUCCAACAAUUUCAUAAAUGGUCUAGAAGAUUGUUAGUAUAUGUGAAAAUGGAUGAAUCUUAUGUUGGUGAAACACGUAACGGCAUGAAAGAUUUGAAUAUAAAAAAUUUUAGAGAUAGAUAUUUUAAGGGGUUCAGUUAUAGAAGUAAAUAA